AUGAACUGGGGGCGUGAAAGCCUGCGAAGGGACGAGGAGGACUCGAACCCUCCCCCGAAGGCGCCCGGUGGGUCCGUCUUGCCGCGGCGUUACUGCAUCUGUCUUGCCGCUACGCAGCGGCUGGUCUGCCAUGGUGAAGGAAGCAUCCCUGCCAAGCCUGACUCCCUAGCCACUGAGGGGGUCGGCAUCAGAGUCCGCGAGAGGAGAAGAUACGGCGUGCCCUGGAACCCCUGUCCCGUGAGCAAAGAUGGGCUGUACUGGAGCCCUGUCCCGUGA